AUUGAUUACCUACUUUCUUUUCAAACGCUACAAACUUGUUGAUGAAAAUUACAAUCAAAUUCCCGAGAGCCACGCAAAAAUACCACAUAGAUAUUGACACGGUUUUCAUCGAUUCGGGAGUCUGUGGAAAAAGUUCGAUUUUGAAAGUCAUCUUUGGCUGUGGAUUAUUGGAUACAAAAUAAAUAUUUUUUAGAUCAGUCAUUCAGAAAUUACACAAUAAAAGAUGGUGUUCCGCGCACGUUUAAAAAGACGUAAAAGCCUCCAAGAUACGGACUUCUUGGGCCGAGUGGUUGUGGCAAAACGACUUUGUUGAACUGCAUACUUGGUCUUAGUUCAUUGGAUUCUGGUAAAAUAUAUUUAAAAACGCAACGUCACUCGGAAAUAAGUUACAUGCCACAAAACAUUACGUUGCAUAAUAAUUUAACUGCACGUCAAACUUUCAUAUUUUAUGGAAAGUUAUACGGAAUAAACGAAGAAAAUGUAAAAAAGAGGAUUAACGAGUUAGUCCGUCUACUAAGAUUACCAUCGUUAAGCAUGCAAGUUAAAAACUUAAGUGGAGGAGAAAAAAGACGAUUAUCGUUUGGCGUAGCAUUAUUUCAUGAUCCCAAAAUUAUGAUACUUGAUGAGCCCACUGUCGGUAUGGAUCCAGUUAUGAGGCAAAGCAUUUGGAAUUAUCUGGUUGAGCUCUCUCUGGAAGGAAAAACUAUCGUCAUAACUACGCAUUAUGUCGAGGAGGCCAUUAAAGCAAACGUGGUGGGAUUUAUGCGAAAUGGUGUCUUAGUAGGCGAAGAUUCACCUAAUUCUUUAAUAUUAAAACAAAACUCGUUAACAUUAGAAGAAGCAUUUUUAUCACUUUGUUGUGUGCAAGAAAGUGAGAAAUUUUCCAAUAAAUCUAAACAGGAAUAUUCAGAGAUUCUACCAUUUACUAAGAAUCAAUUAAAAAACAGCUUUUCUUGGAGAAGAUUCCGAGCUCUAACAUAUAAAAAUGCAGCACUUUUGUACAAAGACCAUACAUUUUUAUUCUUUACAUUUGUUUUACCCCUGGUCCAAACUAUUGUGUAUAAUUUAUGCGUUGGACAUAACAUUCAGAAUGCAAAGUUGGGAGUGGUUAAUGAUGAAAUAAAAAAUUGUAGCACUGAUUUAUAUCAACAAAAAUGUUUCUUAAACGACCCAAAUAAUACAAAAUUGAGUUGUAUGUUUAUCGACCAUCUACGAGAAACCAAUAGUUAUUUGAUCGAUUACCCAAGUCUAAAUUCUGGUAAUGCUGCAUUAAAUGCCAGGUUUAUAUGGGGUUUAAUUUAUUUUACUUCAAACUAUACAUUGACAUUGAAAAAUCGUCUAAAUAUAUUUGUUAACAGUUAUGAUAUAGACUAUAGCUCGGUGAAGAUCACGUUAGAUACAUCAAAUUAUAUCAUGAAAUUAAAAAUAAAGGAUGACAUCACUUCAACGUUUGUGAAAACAUUAAAAGAAGCAACUAAGUACUGUAAUAUAAGUGAAAAAUCAUACUCUUACCCAAUUUCAAUUCAAAGUAUAGGAAACGUUAAAGUCACUGAAUUUAUUCAUUCAGCUUCUCCAGGAUUUAUAGUUUUAUUAGCUUUUUAUUUCCCAAUGAUUUUAUCAACUGGAUUAUUGCUGUCGGAGAAGGAUGAAGGAAUAAUGAGUCGAAUAAUGGUUGCAGGGGUAAAAUUCUUAGAAUUCGUUGUGUCUAUAAUAUUUCUCCAAACAAUUGUCCACAUUAUACAAUCAUCGAUUGAAAUAUUUAUUAUGUAUUUCGUGUUUGAUAACCCAAUUUCACCUGAUAACUUUUGGACAUUUGCAAUGACUAUAAUGAUUAUUGGAUACCAAGGAAUGUUUGCAGGAAUAUUAGUAGCUGCUGUAUCAAAAAACUACACAAUGGCAACCCAUAUUAAUAUGGGAACGAAUGUUUUAUUUUCAUGUUUAUGCGGACUUAUUUGGCCAAUGGAAAGUGCACAUCCUGUUUUAAAAGCCUUCAAUCGUUUUCUACCUAUAUCCAUUGCAUCAGAAAUAAUUGGAAAUUUGACACUUAAAGAAUGGCCUUUAAAUCAUCCUUUAGUUCUACGUGGAUUAAUAUUGACAAUUGUAUGGUUAAUAGUCUUUGCAGUACCAGUGUGUUUCUUUAGUUCAUUUAAAAAAGAUGCAUGGCUAAAAUCAAAAUAAAAACUUCAAAGUUUAAAUUAAAUUAAACUAAAUUAUAAUUUAUAACUAUUGUUACAUUAGUUCUUAAUAUAACCAAUAAUUCGUAUAAGAAUUUCUUGUGUUUUUAAAAAAUGUAUUCAAUUAGUUUUGAAGAAAUAUU